ACAGAGAUGCCGUUCGCCAAUACCCAGCAACAAGCCACGGUUCCUAACUGGUUGUUGCUGUCUCAGCACUACAGCUGGCUCCGUAUGUCUCCGCUUACCAACGGUCGUGGAAAAUCAUCAUUGCCGGCAGGUGCUCCGGCUGGGUUUUUGUCCGGGCCAGAGCGGGACAAAGGACGAAGCCGCCUCGUGACGUAGCGGCCAGAGCAGCUCACUAGCAACACAAAGCGAAGAAUCGGUCCGGAUGCCAUGGAAUAUUCGGCUUUGUCUUCGCCUUGAAAAGCUGGCCGGCGAUAUCUUGGGCAUAACACGCACCACCUUCCUUCGGCAACCGUCUCAACGGGACUCCGCCGUUCGCCACCCCCUUGAGACAAACUCUACAAGCUGGAAACGGUGCCUCAUUCGCCGACGUGCCGCGGAAAUGGCUCUUCAAGAAAGCGCCAAUGUCUCCAGCUCAUCUCUGGGGUUGUCGGGAGCAGAGACGCCCCUCCCCAAUUCCCUCUCGCCUCCUCCCCCUCGAGACGCGGAGAGGUAUGAAAAGAGGAUCCUGCCGCAGGUGCCGCGGAAGCGAGAGUCUGGCGUGUCCAACUUCAGCAAGGAGGUCGACGAAGCGUUGGCCACGCCUGAUUCCGUAAUCACUCCCGACGAAGGUAGUAUCUGUCUCAUUUACCGCCCAUCUCCGUCUCCGAGAUCAGCGCCAGGCGGCGGAGACGCUGAGUUUGCCGCGGCCCUAGACCACGAGAAAGACGACAAUCAGAAGAGGGAGGAUCUGAAACUCGACAUAGCAAACCUUCCAACGUCGGUACCCGGCGGUGUUCUCUCCCCGAAGGUGGCCAAAGUGCUUGGAGUCCUGGGGCCUCGAGAGAGCACCCCGUCAGGGCACAAGUCGCCGGCGAAGGUCAGAAGACUCACGGGAUUCGAGCUUGCCUGCGAGGGCAGCAGCCAACUCAACAAACGACACCGCGCCAAGGAACAUACACAGCUCCAUGGUGAAGUCUCUCCAGUCAGCAACGAAAGCAGCCCCUAUGACCAUGAGGAACCGAAGACCGCGGUCUCAGACUUGGACGCCGGCCCGGAGGCGGACGGCUGGACGUACUCCCCCGAGCCGAGCCCGGGCUAUUAUGGCUCCAGAGAUGCUCAUCUCCACAGCGCAGAGUCAUCUGUCGUCCCGCAACCUCUGCGCGUCGCGAAGCCGGCAAGACCCAGCCGGAGUCCAGAGAGAAAAGUCCUAGAGACGCCACCGUACGUCGAAGGCUCCCCGCGCUUGCGGGAUAUCGUGGACCCCGGAGUGUCCGGUCACCGUACACCGAGCGACAAAUCCAGUCCGGAUCCAUACCAUGAAGCGGCAAAGCAGCUAGCGAAGGGUGACGCAAUGGCCACUCAGCAAGCAAGACAGGCGGAAAGGAGCCAGGCAGAACAGCUCGCUGUCCAGCAGUUCGUGGAAGCGGGCAGAGCAAGCGGUGCUGGAAGCCAUCGCAGCUACGACUCCAGAAAGUUGCCCUCUCUACCACACCAGAACUAUCGGCACCUCCCGUCAGAUCUCCCUUCUGGCGGGAUCCCUUCCGGUGACGACGAGAGGCGCGUCCCUGUCUGGCGGCCGUCCAAUUAUCAGCAAGGCUCUCCUCGCACCGUGAGCGCCAGCACCUUCGGCCGCCUCACCCGCCGCUUCCACGCUCAAGACCCGGGACAGCGCAGCAAGUCCGGGGACGACACAGACAACUAUCCCAGCACCCGAACCCCUGACACCGGCGGUUCCAUCCCCUUCUCCUUCGGCCCCAGCGACAAAGGCGGCAAGGCGAACACGCGCCACAGGCAUAGCAGUUCCGUCAUGGCCAAAGUUUUCUUCGGCCGCACGUCCGCCUCGCCAACCAUCCCAAGAACCCCAGCGACACCAACACCCCCGGUACCGAACAACACCCCCAUUGAACCAAGCUUCCGUCACACCCGCGCUCACCACCAUGCCAACACCCACGCCCACGCCCACCACGCCAAUCCAUACAAUCUUACUCCCAGUCCGCCGUCACACUCAUCAUCCUCCGCGUUCCCCAUCUCGACUCCGGAACUUCGCGUAGGAACGGGAGAGGAAACAGCAGCAGCGGCGGCGGCGAAAGCCAAGACGAAAGCCUCCAUGUCGGCGCUCGCAGCCAAGACGAACGACCUGGUCGGUGCGGCCGCCGGGUUCCUCAGCAAGAGCACCGCCAACAUCGGACACGUGAGCAUGAGCGGGGAUGAGAGGCGGCGGCAGAGGCUGAAGAGCAGCAUCCGGGUGCUGGGCGACGGGGGCCGGGUCUUGGCGGGCGGAACUGCUGGAUCCGGUGUUGGAUCUACGCCAGGUUCCGGCGUCUCUGCCGUGUCGGCGACUUCUCUGGGAUCGGGAUCGGGAUCGGGAUCACCGCCUGCGGCGCUUUGGGGAGCCGGCGGCGGUGGGGUUGCGGCUGGCGGCUAUAGGGGGAGGUUGGGUUCCGCGCCGGCGGUUACUGGUGCCACUGAGUUCGCAUUUGCAUCUCCGUCCGCCGGGGACGGGUCUUUGCUGGGGACCGGGACGCUGCCGGGUCAGAGUCUGGAGAGCAAUGUGGGCGGUACCAGGGGAAGCCCUCAACCGUGGCACGGCCGAGGAGUGCGUUCCAAUGUCAGCCCAGAUAUUGGGAGGCAGAGUCCGGGCCAGAAGGCUCGUGUUAGCCCAGUUUCCACUCAUAGGCGGUCGCCGGCUCCAAGGCAGGGGCCUAGUCCCCGGGGCAGUCCCCGGCCGAGGAGGAAGAAUGGGGGACCGUCACCCAGACGUUCAGGGGAGGGAACUAGAGAGCAUGGGAUGGGGGCUCCAGGGCCGGGGAUCGGGCUGGGCGUGGUGUAGAGACUGGGUGAGAUGAUAUGGAGCGCUGAGAGAGUUCGGGGGUUGGAAUAGAUGGGGGUGGCUUCGCGAUGUGUUUGUCCAUUCCACGGUACGGUACGGGAGGUACGGAUGGAGCAAUCCACCAACCAGCUUUACGAUCCCCAUACAUGCCUGUUGAGUCGCUCGAUUCUCAAGAAGCCGUCAUUUGCGUCAGUGAGCAUAGUCCAUACACACGUAGUAAACAAAAAGGUCAACAACGGCGCGGAAAGGAUAAUCAAGAGGAGAGGAAAGCAUUGGUGUCCCAAAAAGAAAUAAAGAUGGACAGGGUACGGAUUACU